GCUGCCACUCAACCUCUGGGAGCCGGAAGCAGGUGUGUGUAUCAAAUCUGCCUAGCAACCGGGUGCUGGAUUUAUUUAAAACGUUCAUUUUAUUUCAGGAAUCCCAUUUUUUUUUCUUUAAAUAUUAUUAUUUCUAGUUACUUAGUUUCUGUGCGACAUAAAAAAAAAAAAUUCAAAUCCGUGUUUCCCAACCCACUCCCGGGUUCCACAAACCGGACCGGCCUGUUGGGCCCGCGGUAUCCCCGAGUUUGAGUGAAACCCCAACCCGGAUCUGAGCUCUAAAAUCCCGUGCCCCGACUCCCCUCCUCACGGGUCCCCUCUGUUCCUUGGAGAAAAAAUCGCCGGUGCUGAGUGAGAAGACGGGCCCCACUAACUGAACUAAUCCUGCAAAGAAAGAAAUCCCUAAGUACUGGAAAUAAAAACUUCAUAAGAGGGGUCUGCUAGAAUGGAGCAGACCGUAGAGACGACUACAGGAUGUAUUGAGAUGUCGGAGGAGGCGGUCCGCCGGACGCGCAGUCAGAAACGGGCGCUGGAGCGAGACUCGCUCCCCAGCGAGGGGGACCCCAAGAAGAUGAAGCUGGAGAAGGGGGACCCCGUGAAGAGCGAGGAGGAGGCAGGAGGAGGAGUGGGGGAUCUGAAGGUCAAGGCAGAGCCUGGGACCCCUGCCUCUGCCACCAGCACCAAGGUGCAGGCGAUGCUGAAGGGGGGGGAGGUCAAGGCCACCAUCAAAGUGGAGGUGCAGACGGGGGACCAGCCUGUCGACAUGAGCACGGCCAAGAGUGAAAUAAUGAAGAAGGACAGGCGAGCUCCUUCUCCGGAUAUCAUUGUGUUAUCAGACAACGAGCCUUCCAGCCCGCGGAUGAAUGGCUUGAGUAAAUUCUCGAAGGAAACGAACGCGGACUUGCUCCUGAAGAGCAGCCCGGAGGAGCGCGAGCGCAUCAUCAAGCGGCUGAAGGAGGAGCUGCGGCUGGAGGAGGCCAAGCUGGUGCUGCUGAAGAAACUGCGGCAGAGCCAGAUCCAGAAAGAGAGCUCAGCACUGAAGCCUACAGGCUCCUCGAGCUCUUCUGUGGCCACACCUCCCCCCCUGGUCCGGGGGUCUCAGAGUAUCACUGCAGUCAAGGGAUCCCUGCAGGUGUCGUCGGGCCGCAGCUCCGGCACGGUGAUCCCCCCUCCGCUGGUGAGAGGCGGCCAGCAGCUCUCCUCCAAACUGGGCUCCCAGCAGCACCCGCAGAUAGUCAUGCCUCCGCUGGUCAGGGGGGCACAGCAAAUACACAGCCGCCAGCAGCAGCAGCAACAACAACAGCAGCAACAGCAGCAGCAGCACUCUGGCUCGGGCCCCCCUCCCCUGCUCAUGGCGCCCAGGGCCUCCGUCCCCAACGUGCAGAUCCAGGGCCAGAGAAUCAUCCAGCAGGGGCUGAUCCGCGUGGCCAACGUGCCCAACACCAGCCUGCUGGUCAACAUCCCCCAGGCCUCCCCGACCAACAUGAAGAGCUCCUCGGCGCAGGGCGGAAUCGCCGGGGUCAACGCCAACGACUCCCCCGCCAGCCGGCAGGCCGCGGCCAAGCUGGCGCUGCGCAAGCAGCUGGAGAAGACCCUGCUGGAGAUCCCUCCACCCAAGCCCCCCGCCCCCGAGCUCAACUUCCUGCCCAGCGCCGCCAACAACGAGUUCAUCUACCUGGUGGGGCUCGAGGAGGUGGUGCAGAACCUGCUGGAGACACAGGGCAAAGGUAAGGCAGCGGUGGCGUCGGUGGCUCCAGCUCCCAAGGACCCCUUCACCUGCGCUCAGUGCAGGACGGACUUCACAUGCCGAUGGAGGCAGGAGAAGAGCGGCCCCGUCAUGUGCGAUCAGUGCAUGGCGUCCAAUCAGAAGAAAGCCCUGAAGGCCGAGCACACCAACCGGCUGAAGGCCGCCUUUGUGAAGGCGCUGGCCCAGGAGCAGGAGAUCGAGCAGCGGAUACUGCAGCAGCAAGCGGCCGCGCCCCUGCCUGCCUCCUCCAACGCCGGCUCCAAGUCCUCGGAGCACCACAGCCUGGUCUCGCAGGUGCAGCACCACGUCAAAGUGCGGACCCCCAGCCUGCCCCCCAACAGGGGCGUGAUCGGACGCCACCACGCCACAAUCAAACAGAGCCCUGGUCAGCUGGCGCGGGGUCCCCAUUCGACUGGCGCUCGCGGGGUGCUCCACACGUUCUCUCAGUCCUCGCAGCUCCAGAGCGCAGCGCUGGUCACCAGGCCAGGUAAGCAUGCCGUGCGUCACGGGAGCAAAGUCAGCACCUCCACCACCACCACCACCGCAGCCAACACCUGGAAGAAGCAGAGCCCCGUGAGCACAGGUGUCACCAUGGCGUACGUCAACCCCAGCCUCACCGUGCACAAGUCCUCCUCCUCCUCCUCCUCGUCCUCCGUGGAUCGCCAGCGGGAGUACCUGCUGGACAUGAUCCCCUCCCGCUCCAUCUCCCAGACAGCAAACACAUGGAAAUAAUCAGAGCAAUAAUAAUAAUAGGAAUACAAAGAAUAAUAAUAAUAAUAAUAAUAAUUAAUAAUGAUAAAUCCUGUUCAUCAUUGUCAUCAUCGCCAGGAAAUAACCAACGAGCCUUCAUCUCGGUCAACGCCACAGCACCAGUCACGCAGCAGAGCCCCACUCCCUGUUUUAGUUUUUCCAGAACCAGUUGCUCAAUCUUGCAAACCAAUGGGAACCUGCCGCCACACUUUCUUUCUGCCUGGGACUUUAAAAAAAGAAAUAAAGGGAAGGGAGAGGGUAGACAACGGACCUAAAACCUGCUUCAUUUUUUUUUUUUCCCCUCUUCACAAUCUGUUUCUGAAGAAGACCAUCAUGUGACGAAUGCCCCCUCCCUUUGUUCCUGAAGCCUUGCGAAUGGACUUGCUUUGACGGACUGCUCCCAGCAGCUGCACAGCUGCAGGAACUUGUAAUUCCACACGGAAAUGGCUCUUAAACAACACUGGGGACGCAGCCUGAAUGCACUGCUCCUAAGACUUGAGGGAGACAGGAUGUUAAACUGCAGAUGGAUGGGCUGAAUCUUUUUUACACUGUGUACCCCCCCACACACACACACGCACACACACCUCCCCACGCUCCACAGACACACAUGCCUCUCCUGCCCCCUCCCACCCUAACUGCUGUAUUGAUUUUAGACGACUGCAUCUGAGCAGUGUUAACUUCUGUAAAGAAACACAAGCACAACAGCUCUCAACUCUCACAGCACAAAGUAACUGCUGUUGUGAAUUGAAUCGUUUUAUUGUCGUGGUAUACGCAGGACCAGGCCCUGGUUAACUGCUCCGCUGUUCUGAGUGCAGUCGACUUCUCCUUCACUGCCCCAGCAGUCUGCUGUUUUUGAUUGGAGCUGUUUUUUUUUUUUCCUAGAUCUCUCGUUUUUGGAGGUCUGCGGUGUUGAGAGUUAACGUCUGAAUGCUGUCUCUUCACGCAGGGUUGCUUAUUGUUUUAGAGGUUGAGAAUGCCUUUUUUCUUGUCGUUUUAAAGCUAGAUGCAAGCAAAGCCGUCGUUUAGGGGAAACGAGGUCAGGGAGAGGGACGUAAAACACAGAGGCGUGGCUGAGACCGCAGGUCACCUUGGACUGCUACUCCUUUCUGCUAGUGUUCGGAAAAUGUCAAACUUGAGACAAACCGCACAUGCUCAGCAGUUAGGGUGUCGGCAAGAGUCUGUGUAUCUGCAGACGCGGGGGUCCUUGUGAAUCUCCUUGCACAUCCUUGGGUUAUUAAUAAUGCAGGAAAAGGGCGUGCUUCUAUGUCUGACUUUUUAUUUUCCCCUCCUCUCAUUUAUGGUAUCUAUCGUUAGCUCAUUAUCUGGUUGGCAGUUGCAGAUGGUUCAUCUAUAUAUUUUUUUUCCCAUUAGGCAGCUGAUGUCUGCCUCCUCAUAUUUUUGAGCCCUGGCUUGAGUCUACCAAUCCAAUUGGUCAGUUAUGCAUUAGGAAAUUCUGGCAAAAAUCUUGAAAUUUUGGUUUUUACACUGCGGGACGGGGGACGGACCAGGAUUAUUCUAUUUGCAGAUGAAAUCCCGAAUUGGCCCUCGCUCCUUGUUUCAACUUUCCCUUGAAAAAAAAAAAAAAACAUCUUAUCUGACUUCUCUUUCCAUUGUUGCUGCUGCUGUUGUAGAAACAGACUGCUGAUAUGAUUAUAAUGGAAAGUUUUUUGUAUUACAAUUAAUAUCCUUGGUCAUUUCGUUAUUUCAACCCCACUACUGAGGACGGAAGAUUGGGACUCGGGAGGGGCUAAUGAGUCUGGUUCAUUAGCAACCAAUCAUGGCCAGCUUACAGGUCAUUUCAUUUUGAUUCUGCUUUUUGCUGCCUGACAGUUUUACACCAUUCCGUUUCCUUGGCAACAGGCUCUUCAUUAUUGUGUGAGGGAGGGGUCUGCUUUACAAGUUUGGUUAUUUGAUCCAUACGUCGCUCUAUCAAGUAAUAAUAAUAAAACCCAUUUUAACCCCUUUACACUUUUAUUUUGUGUGUGUGUGAAUAAAAACAGUGUUUAGCUUAAAAACGACUUUUUCUUUUUUUAAAAAAUAAUAUACAGCUGUGUAGAAAUAUUUUUUUAUAAAUAUAGAAAACAUCUUUGCAUUGGAACUAUAGAAAUAUGUAAGUAAAUAUUCUAUUUCCAGAACUCUGGUCCUGGGCGAGUUUGAAGACAUUCACCUCAAAUGGACCAUAUGUGGACUCCAUGUGUUUCUGAUUAGAUAACAAUAUAAAUAUAUACACUUUAUAUAACAAUAAUGUUUAAUGGUAUAAUAAUGUAUUUGAGUGAAACCUGACUUGAAGUAAAUAGAGAAGUUCAUAUACUUGGGGAAACUGGGGUUGGGUUGGGGGGGGGGGGGGGUAUAUAUUUUAAGAGAAAAUGAAAGAAAUCUGCUCAAUGUAUUCUGCAGAGAAAGCUUCUGUUUGAUCGAAGCCACUGAACCAGUGUUUUUUGUCAUGCUUGAAAAGGACAGAUUUGCUGCAAUCUCAUUCUCAAAUUAUAAAUGAUAUCCUAACGGUUUAUUUCAUGUGGGUGUUUUUGUGCUCACCUUUAUUUUCCAUUCAGCCUGGUUUUGAAUUCAUCUGUCUUCAUCUGUUUCUGUAAGUGCAGUUACAGGCGGCUUACUUUAUUUCAAAGGCAGCCAGCACAUUUCAAAUGAAUGUGUGCGGAUACAGAACCAAACAGCAAAAGGAUUUUGCUGCAGGAGCGAAUCUUUCUAAACCUCCUGCCUUGCCCGCGACGCUCUGAGGCGGACUUGAAACAGUGUAUUUAUUAUGAACUAUUUCUCAACAGACAUGAAGAUGAUCAGAAUCCCGAUUUUAAACUGAUGGGAAAAAAAAACACACACCUGGAGAAAUAUGAACCAGAGAACAGCAGCUGGAAAGAAACUUGAUCCCUGACUGCAUGUGCUUAAAUUCAACACAGAUGGGUCGUCAAUUUGAAUGAUUUAAAAAAAAACAUCAGAUCUUAAUACCGCCAUCCUAAAAAUGUAACCCUGCUCUAUUGUGGAUCUAUUUCCAUUUUAAGUAUUUUUUUAUUUUUAUUGCGUUGUUAAUGGGUUAAUUAAUUACCCCUGAGCCGAAACGCUGUCAUGGUUAGAGGAGCAGUAAAGUCUGUUGCUGUUUUAUACCCACGAGUGUUCAAUUUAAGGAAAUCCCAAAAUAAAACGCGUCUCCCAAUUGUAAACACUGUUCUUAAUCAGAGCCUUAACACGUUUGAAUUUGGAUUUGUCUCCUUAGCCCUGUAGUAGCAAUACGACUCUCCACAGAGGGCUGUACCAGAGCUUGUGGGUUGAUUUGAACGCCUGUCCUACCAGACAGAUCUGUAAUCUUCUAGAAGCGACGUUUAAAAUAGAAAGGCUCCACUAAGGCAAUGCGUAAAAGCAAAGUUAGGAAAGACUUGUGCUGGAACAGCUUUUAAUUUGCACAGCAGUUGCAACCAAACCAUGGGGCUUUCACUCAUUUUGACAUUUUUGCUAAAUCCAUUUGUUAAGUUCAACUAGUGAUGUAUCUAUGAAGGCUUGUGAACUGUUCUGUUUUGCAUGGGUUCUGAAUAUCAUUACCGAUCAAUUCAACUGUUUUAAGGUCUAGUGCUGCGAUACCAGUACUGGGGUUCCGAAUAGAACCAUUAGGGUUUGACAAUUAGAAGCUUCACAUUUGGAACCCUUGAUUGGGUUCCAAAUAAAACCUGUAUAGUUCUAUAUAGAACAACUGCAAGAACCUUAUGUUCUAAGCGUGUACAGAUAGAUGGAUUGUAUUUUUAAAAAAUCGAGUGAUUUUUGUAGAUUUAAUUGAUUUUUAUUUAUUUGAUUUUGUUUUUUUAAUUCUCCUAAAAUAUGUUUGGGGUUUUACUUUGUGGACCGCAGUGCCCAACCAAAGGAUUGUGAACUCCCCUGGCUUAAACUGUCCCAAAAACACACCAGAUUACCCUCCCGAUGUGCAGUUAACAGAAACACGUUUUUGACCAGAUUUGCUUCUUUUUAUCUUUUCUAAGCAGAGUCGCUUUUUUAUAUUAUUGUUUAGAUAUUUCAAUGCAAAAAAAAAAAAAAAAAAGAACUGCUCUAGUGUGAUUGUCUGCGUUUAUGCAGAGUUAAUAUGUUGUAUAUUGUAUUAAGUGAGGGAUAAAGCUUGCAUUAUUUUGUACUUUUAAAUCUUUACUAAUAAUAACCAUUCCCACUACUACCCUGGUUGAAAAGUCAGCUGUAAUCCAUAACUGUAUACUGUACUGUGAGGGGGGUAGCAUUUGAAUUUGACAAUAAAUAAGUGAAUGAUUAA